AUGUCCUCUGCAUCCCCCUUACCACCCACUAAAACCAGCACUGACACCGGCUCAACAUCAACAUCUAAAGCGCCCGCCGUCACCCCGACAAUGACGCCCGUCCAAGCAGCAGCCGUGCGGUCCUUCACGGCCGCCGAGCGAGGAAUCAUCAAAGCCGACACCAACCUAUCAUGGGGCGAUCCAGCCGGUCUUCCCAUGCGGGGGACCAACGAUGAGAACCUGGUGAUCUUCCGACGGGCAAUCGGCAUCAACAGCGGGCUGGCUGGGGAGUCGGACCCACGAAGCCUGGAAGAGGGUCGCAGCCGGGCGGUGGGCAUGUACGCCGCGGCGAUGAAGGCACAGCGAGAGAAACGGGUGAAGCAUGCGCUUAUCGACUUUUUGCUUUAUGCCAGUCAUUUGGCGCAGAUUUUGAUUGGAGCUGCUUUGACUGGUUUUGGCCCCUCAGCAGGUAAACACGAAAUUCUCAUCACUGUCCUAGGCGCAAUCAACACCGUCAUCGCCGGCGUAUUAGCGCUCAUCAAAGGCCAAGGCCUACCCGAGCGGCUGCGGCACGACCAGUCCGAGUUCAGAAAGCUGCAGGACUGGAUCGAGCAGACUGAGGCGCUGCUGGCCGUGGGCGUCAUCGGACGGAACCGCAAGGAGGUCGGACUACUGGUCCAGGUUGCGUUCAAAAAGUACAAUGCUGUGAGACAGUCGGAGGAGAACAAUCGGAAUGAGAAUUAUGUGAGGGUUAGUUCUAGUGCGCCGGAUCCGUUGGCGACUGGUAGUGGUGGUGUGCCGGCGGAUGGGCACGCAGCAAAGCUGUUGGAUCAUCAUGAGGGGAGCUAUGGCAGUGCUCCUGACCAUCCAGCCCGGGGUGCGGGUAAUGGGCGAGUGGGGGGUGGUUCACAUUCUGGACAUUAG